AUGCAACCAAGACAAAGGGUAUCCUCCUUUGCUGUCUCAUAGGACAUGGUGGUGGCUAUGGGAGAAGCUGUAGUGCACACGAAGAUGAGUCAUCUGUACCUCUGGCUGGAGAUCUUGAUCAUUCUUUCAACAUGGCCCUUAACUGUGUAUGCUCAACACACUAGCCUCUCAGAAGUAGUGAUACCCUUACAGGUCCCAGGCAACAGAACAAUGUGGACUAUGGGAUGGCUGACCUAUAGCCUGCACUUUGGGGGCCAGAGACACUUUAUCUACAUGAAGGCCAAGAAGGUCUUGGUAUCCAGACAUCUCUCUGUGUUCACUUACACUGACCAAGGAGCUCUAUACAAGGACCAGCCUUUUGUCCACAAGAAUUGCUACUACCAUGGCUAUAUUGAUGGAGACCCAGAGUCCAUGGUUGCUCUCACCACCUGUUUUGGGGGCUUUCAAGGGAUAUUACAGAUAAAUGGCACAGUAUAUGAAAUCCAGCCCAAGAACCUUUCUUCCACGUUUGAACAUUUGGUUCACAAGAUAGACAGUGAGGAGACAAAAUUAAGUCCCAUGAAAUGUGCAUUAACAGUAGAAGAACUACGACGACAAGUGAACCUUCAAGAUAAUCACAAACCGACCUUGAUGCAAAGCCACUAUCAGGCAUGGUGGACCCAUAAGCGUUUUGUUGACCUGGCAUUGGUUGUUGACCAUGAGCGAAUUCGUUAUAAAAACCAUAAUAUUUCAAAUGUGUUAUUGGAGAUAUACAUCAUUGUUUAUGUAAUAAAUGAGAUUUAUCUUGCACUGGAUGUUGAGGUAGUUUUACAAGGAGUUGAGAUGUGGAAUGAAGAAAACCAAGUGAAAGUGGAUAGCAUGUAUAAGCUCCUAGAUGAUUUUUGUUCUUGGAAGACUGUGAACCUUAAUAACCGUGUUCAAAAUGAUAUUGCCCAUCUUUUUGUGAACCAUGAUUUUGGUAUCUACCUUGGUUUAGCUUUUGUUGGAUAUGUCUGUGUGACAUCUUAUAAUUGUGCAGUUGAUCGUCUCAUGGGAGAUGAUCUUUUUAACUUUGCAGCUAUUGUUGCCCAUGAGAUGGGUCAUAAUUUGGGUAUGAUUCAUGAUGAACUCCCAUGUAAAUGUGGAAGAGAAAGAUGUUUAAUGGAUGCAAUAGCUGGGGGCGCCACGAAGUUCAGUAACUGCAGUUAUGCUGCGUAUUGGGCAAAAUAUGCUACUACCAACUGCUUGCGCAAGGAAAAGAAGCCAAUAAGCCAACACAAAGUCAAGCACUGUGGGAAUGGUGUGGUUGAUGAUGGAGAGCAGUGUGAUUGUGGAUCUUUGUACACAUGUAGAAGAGAUCCAUGUUGUCAUUAUGGGUGCAUACUCAGAAAAGGGGCUGCUUGUGCUGUUGGGCUUUGUUGCAAAAAUUGCCAGAUCAUGCCAGCGGGCACAGUAUGUAGAAAAGAGAAUAAUGAGUGUGACCUUCCAGAAUGGUGCAAUGGGCAAUCAUAUGAGUGUCCUGAUGAUGUCUAUAUGCUUGAUGGGAGCCCCUGUAAAGAUGAUGGCUACUGCUAUGGAAACAGAUGCACUAGCCGAGAUGAACAGUGUCGACAAAUCUUUGGCAAAAAGGCCAGGAGUGCGGCUCAGGCAUGCUACCGAGAAGUCAACACCAAAGGUGACCGUUCUGGCAACUGUGGUAUAUCCAAAAGUACAUACUUAAGGUGUAAUGACUCAGACAUCCUCUGUGGGAGAGUUCAGUGUGAGGACGUAACAGCUAUUCCCUUUCUGGAACAGCAUUCCACUGUACACUGGACCCACUUCAAUGGUGUCACCUGUUGGGGGACUGACUACCAUUUUGGGAUGACAAUACCUGACAUUGGUUCUGUGAAAGAUGGCACAGGCUGUGGUCCAGAGCAUAUGUGCAUUAAUAAGAAGUGUGUGAACAAUUCAAUGUUGGCAAGCAAUUGUUCAUCAGAGACUUGCAAUAUGAACGGCGUGUGCAACAAUUUACACCACUGCCACUGCAACCUUGGGUGGGAACCUCCACAUUGCCUGGAGAGUGGCUCUGGAGGGAGUCUGGACAGUGGCCCUCAUACACCUCAUAUAGACGAGAAAACCAAGGAAAGUACAGAAAUAAUGAUUUUUCCUUGGGUUUUUGUGAGAGGGAUCCACACUGUGUGGGGCACAGGUGGGUCCGAUCCCUGGCCUCCCAGCCAACCUACAGAAAAAUCCCGAGAAACAGCCUACAUUAAUGGCCUUCUUGAGAAGGACUGUGGGUUAUCUGUGCAAGUUUGGGCUCUCACCGCCUGUCGACUGCUCGCCAGAUCCAAGACAGGAAGUUGCAGGCGGACAGAGCUGAAUCGCAGCACCAGACACAAUCCACAUUAG